AUGCGUUAUCCCACUCGCGUUCCAAUGCGCGACCUGCUCCCGCCAUCGAAGUCAGACCUAUGCCUAAACGGGGACGUAAGGUCACAAUUCUUUGUCAAUAUGUUCUUCGUUAAACGUCUUACUUACAACAAUCGUAGAAAUUGCGAAUACUUUAGUUUUUGGUGUAUAUGUGAGCUCGAAUGGGCUGGGGACCGGAAGGCACAUAAAUUAGGUCCCUCGCCGGUCCCACGGUCGUACAUUCCGGGUCCCCUGGCCCUAGAUACGCCCUACACAACUACGGCCCAGACAACGACCGUGGACGCACCUUUCUCUCCAGUUCAGACAGCCCCCAGCCUUGCCGCGAUGACCAGCACCGCCGCGCCGACCCACCCCGCCGCCGCCGCCGUUCGCCUCGAUCCCGUCAACGUGGCCUUUAAGCCACCACCGGCAGAACAGGUUAGCCACAGCUUGCCGAUCGCCAGUAAGCCCGCCCGCCAUGUAGGUUGUAUGCGUGCUCGUGUAGCUGCAGCCUCCACGACGGAAGCGCACCGGGUGGACAGCGACUGGAUGCUUUCGCGCACCGUCUUCGUCCUCUCUUAUCUCGUCGUCUCCAUCGUCACCUACUUCGUCGUCUUCGUCUCCUCUUAUCUCGUCGUCUCCGUCGUCACCUACUUCGUCGUCAUCACCAACGUUCUUCGUCUCGCGAAAAUCGUCCGUAAGCCUGCCCGUCUUGCCGGCUGCAAGUGUGCUCGUGCAGCUGCAACC